GCACGGUAAAUGUUUAUGCCGGAUCUUCAGUUUUUCAUACCAACGGUUCAAACGCUAGACGCGCAUUCCACGCCGGAGAAAGUCGGCCGAAGCUUUCAAUACAUUUUCACCCAUCAGCCCUCAUUCACAUGGAUCCGGGAGCGGCCGCCUUGGCUGUUAGGGGCAAACCACGCCGGGGAACUUCCGUUCGUGUUUGGUUUGGACGCCAUGUAUCCACCGACGCAUGAGAAACCGAGAGCGGAACGAAAAUUAUCCGAACGUGUUAUGACGUACUGGACCAACUUUGCCAAAACCGGGACGCCGAACGGCGACCCAAGCCUUCCAAUAUGGCCAGAUUACGAGCCGACAACCAGGGCCUUCAUGAACCUUAGUCUAGAUCUCGGCUCAGGGGCACGCUUGUAUAGCGACAGGGUCCACUUCUGGACGAGGGUUAUUCCGGACAUAACCAGUACGGUUAUUGAAGGACAGACUGAUUCCGCCUGCACCAUUGCACAGGGCCUGUUCUUCCCGAUUUGUGUAGCGUUUGCAACUGGUAAUGUAAAGUGGCUGUAACCCAUUUAUGCAUCGAGGA